UGACUAGUUAUAAUAGUUACGGUAAUAUUAUGAUUGCCGAUUUUACCCCUCCCAUUAAUUCUAGUAUCAAUUCAUCAACAACCCAAAUAAGCAUCAAGUUCCAUUCGCCCGUUCAAUUGUCAACUGGCAACAUCACCAUCUACAAAGACUCUAAUGACAACAUUAGACAAAGAGUUUCUGCAAACUCUACAUUCUGUAAACUUAGUAAUGAUGGGAUGGUUGUCAAUAUAAGUAUCAUUAAUAGUACAUUUAAUGAGAACGGAACGAAAUAUUAUGUGAAAAUUGAUAAUAAUUUUGUCAAAUCUAAAUAUUAUAAUGAACCUUUAAGGGGAAUUGAAAGUAAAGUUUGGCUUCUUGAAUCAGUCGAUAUAGCAAAUUCUUCAGAUACUGCUGCUACGGGUUUAGCAUUUCUCACUAUAGAUGCUUCCAACAAAUUUUCAAACUUAUCUAUAACCGACCAGUUAAACUACACUGAUGCUCUAUUAGAUGAGAUUACUGAUAAAGUACCAGUUAGGCGGAAGCGUUUAAGUUCGGAUUAUAAACCCCAGCUUUUCGACGAAUUUGGUCAAAUCACCAUUUCAAUCCGUAUAGAUUUGCCAAAUAGUAAUACUGAAAAUACUGUUCCGGGAGUAUUUUCAAAUUUAAAUAAGAUGAUCCUUUACAAAAAUAUUACCGCUUUUUGCACUAAUAUGACAAAUGAUUUAGACUCGACUUUUGGCUUUCGACCAAUAGGUGAGUUGAUGACUGCAUUCUAA